UUUACCGAAGUGUUUUUAAAUUUUUGUCUUGUCUGUCUCUGUUAAUUUUCAGAAAAUGGGAUCCAAAAAAACGACGAAAUUGGGAAAAGAAGAAAGAGAAGGGAAGAAACGAAAAGCUACUAGUGAAGAACGUUUUUUUGAGGUCUUUGAAAUUAUUCUUAACUACAAUGGAGACUUUGAAUGGUUUGGUUAUUUUAAUGAGGAUGUGGCUGUCAGAAAAUUUCAUAUUGAGGAUAUAGGAUUAAAUAGUCUAGAUAAGUGGUUACUUGAAUUGAAGGUUCAGGGAUUGCUAAUGUAUUAUUGGAGGCGGGCUGGCAUGUAUACUGAAGAAUUAAUUCCUAUGGAAAACGAUGACCAUGUCAUGGACAUGGCACUGGCUGGGGCACAAGAUGGUAGUGUUGAUGUGUAUGUUAGGAAGUUAAGCUGUGAUGACGUGUGCAACCUAAGGCCUGUAUUUGGACAAACAUUAUUUGAGUUGAAAGAACUUGAAGAUGGGGAUGAUGCAUUGGAGCUGCAGGCUGUUGCUGAGGCUGAACCAGUGCAGGUGCUGCAGAUUGAAGGUCCCGGUGAACCAGUGGAGGUGCUGCAGAUUGAAAGUCCUGGUGAACCAGUGGAGGUGCUGCAAAGUGAAGUUGUUGAUGAACCUGAAGUUGUUGAUGAACCCCUGGAGAAGCAGCAGUCUGGUGGUUCAGACUGAAGAUUGACACACUUGAGUUACCUUGUUUGUGCAAAGUUAUGCUUCAACAGUUGUAACCUUUUAGGUUAAUAUUUAUUUUGCAAUUAGUAUUAAUACUGAGAAUUUAUAUUUUUGCACUGGUUGAUUAAAUGUUGGAGAAGUAUUGUUUGUUUGCUUAUGAUAUUCCCGUUUAUUAUUGUGAA